UGUGUCUAUGUGAGAGACACCAAAGUACGCUGGCGCAGAAACACCCUACUACUCUCGAAAUCUCGAUUCACGAGCCAUACGUUCACGAAUGUCAAGGAUUUUUCUUUUUUCCAAUUUACCCCAACUUUUUCCAAUCUAUUACUGAUUUUGUUUCCAAUUUUUUUUUUGUUACUCCUCUCUUCUUCGCUUCACACAGACGCGCGCACACAGACAUACACACAGAAAGAGAGAGAGAGAGUGCGAGGAGAGAGAAACUUAAAAUUCCCAUGGACUAAAGGAUCGAUGCCUCCUUCUUCGGCGUCGUUCAAUUUCAUAGAACCAAACCCAUUUGGGAGGGAAUUUAGCACAUUGCGUAUGGCUUAUAAAGUUGGUUCCUUGAGUUGGGGUUUCAUGGGUUGAACUCAAGGAAUGAUGGGUAGCUUAAGCGAUGACGAAGAAUAUCAAUUCUUUGAUGCACACGACGACAUUGCUACAGUGCAUGAAUGCCCGGAGUCCUCUGAUUCUUCUUGUGAAAGUGAUAAUUCGGCGUCAAAUAGUUUUGGGUAUGACAUGUGGACUGGGAGUCCCCAAAGUGUUCAAGAGCGCCGUAGUAAUUUCUUAAAUUGGAUGGGACAGAAUUCGGAUUGGAUUGGGGCGGUGAAUUCAACAGAGAUGGGUGGUGAUCUGCUUAAAGGAGAGAUUGAUAGAAUCACAAAGAGAAGUGGGUCCUUGUUGAGAACCCCGAGUUUUGAAGAUGAGUUUUCUUCAAGCCGAUCAUCCGUGUCAAGUUGGUCCAAGGAUGUUUUUGAGUUGUCAGAAGAAUCGGGCUCAAAUAUGUGCAGAAUUGGGAAUUCGGAUGGAUUAGCAGGACGUGAUGUAGAUAAAUUGGGGCAAGAUUACAAGCAGCAUAAACUUUCAGUAAUGGGUUCUGAGCAAUUGGUGCCUGCUGAAGAGUUUGACAACACUUCUGGAUCAUCUGCAUCAGCUAAGCAGCUCACGCAGAGGGAAGCUGAGGUUGAUUGCAAUUCUUCUGGAAUGAUGAACAGAGGUAAGAACAGGUGGUUGAGUAGAUUACGCUUCAUGACAUGCAUAAUGAAUGGGCAAGGUAAAGCUAAUAAUUUGAGAUUGAAUGCCUCUGACCCAAUUAGAGGGGCUAGGGUUCAAAGAGUUAGGGUUCACCACUACAGAAAGCGGUCCAAGGAACUCUCAGCUCUUUUUAUGGGACAAGAGAUCCAGGCCCACAAGGGUUCAAUAUUGACAAUGAAAUUUAGUCUUGAUGGUCAGUACCUUGCUAGUGCUGGUGAAGAUGGGAUUGUGCGUGUGUGGCAAGUGGUGGAGGAUGAGAGAUCGAAUGAAGUUGAUAUUCCAGAUAUUGAUCCAUCUUGCAUAUACUUUACUGUAAAUCAUCUCUCUGAACUGGCACCUGUCAUUGUGGAGAAAGAGAAAAUGGGUGUGCUGAAGAGCCUGAGGAAAAAAACGGACUCAGCUUGUGUUAUCUUUCCCCCAAAAGUCUUCCGCAUAUUGGAGAAACCGUUGCAUGAAUUUCGUGGGCAUAGUGGUGAGAUCUUGGAUCUCUCAUGGUCGAAGAAUAAUUAUCUUCUGUCAUCAUCGGUUGAUAAAACUGUUCGGUUGUGGCGAAUGGGAUAUGACAAUUGCCUUGAGGUUUUUUCACAUAGUAAUUAUGUGACUUGCGUUCAGUUCAACCCUGUGGAUGAUAAUCACUUCAUCAGCGGUUCAAUAGAUGGGAAAGUUCGCAUUUGGGCAAUUACUGGUUGCCAAGUUAUUGAUUGGACUGACAUAAGGGAUAUGGUCACUGCCGUCUGUUAUCGCCCGGACGGGCAGGUUGGGAUUGUUGGCUCUUUUACCGGCAAUUGCCGUUUUUACAAUUUAUCAGAUAAUCACUUCCAACUGGAAUCUCAGAUAUGCUUACACAGUAAGAAGAAGUCACCAUACAAAAGAAUAACUGGCUUCCAGUUUUAUCCACAAGACCCCAGUAAACUAAUGAUCACUUGUGCUGAUUCACAAGUCAGGAUUCUUCAUGGAAUUAAUGUGAUUGGCAAAUAUAGGGGCCUCCGUAAUGCAGGAAAUCAGAUCUUUGCAUCUUUUACCUCAGAUGGGAAGCAUAUAAUCUCAGCUUCUGAGGAUUCUAAUGUGUAUAUAUGGAACUGCAUGAGUCAGGAAGAGACUUCUCUGUCCAAACCAAAGAAAGUUAGGUCCUUCGAGCACUUCUCUGCAAAUGCGUCAGUUGCAAUACCUUGGUGUGGAUUGGAAUCUGGGAAAUCAGAAAAUGAAGGGAAAUUUAGCAUUUUGGAUGAGGAUUCUCCUAAUAUGUUGCCUGUCUGCUCACCCAGUCGGUUCUCUCUGAGUGAACAGUUCAUCUUAGAGUCUUUUAAUAAGGGGUCUGCAACUUGGCCUGAGGAAAAGCUUCCUACUCCUAGGACUGUGCAAUCUUCAUUGCAUAAAUCUCAAUACAAGUUUCUGAAAGCUUGUCAGAGUACAUCCAGUUCUCAUGCAUGGGGUCUGGUUAUUGUUACUGGGGGCUGGGAUGGACGGAUUAGGUCAUUCCACAAUUAUGGCUUACCAGUUCCUCUAUGAACUCCUUGGGACUUGCAUGUUUUUGGAGAAUCGGAGAUGGUACCUUUGGUUUGGCACUUUACUUUCAUUAGUGCAAAAUCAUUAUUGGAUGUGCUGGUCCAUGAAGACUUUGGCAUCAUCAAACCUGCGGGUUGGAGUUUAUUAGUCCAGACUCCAUAGGGCAUUUGUGCAGUAUUGAUGAUGCUUCUCGAAUUUUUUGUCUUUCAAUGGGCCCCUUCUCGAAUUUUAGAUGUGUAUUAUAAUUGAAUCAGGUCUUGACAGGUGGUGGUAGACCAAAAGUUAUACUGUAAUCUGGCUAGGAAUCAACAAAUGGCUGAGGUUGGUUUAUCUGCAUCGCGUCCCGGUUAAUUCUGGGAUUAUUUGAUUUGUUUAUUGGAGAAUUUUAUGUCUGCCACCCCACCGAAUAGAGGAGUCAUAUUAACUGAUAAGAGAGGCCUAUUUAGAUGCGUAUCUGCAUAAUAGAGGUGUCUGUGGGACCUUGUUGAACCUCUUCCAUUUGUUCUUUAUAAUGGGACGAUUGGAGAGCUGGUGGUUGGAAUUUCUUGGGGAAAAAAAUAGGGGAAUUUUAGAUUUUAUAGUACGUCAGCCGGUCUUAAUGAUUGAAUGGUUUGUCUGCCAUUUGGUCGGUCGAUCUGGUGGUGGGGUUUGUAUCGAUUGAGCAUGUGGGAAGGUGCUGGGUGGGCCAUUUUCUGCUGAACAGACUCAUCGCCUCUGAUCUGCUCUUGGUGGAAUGUAGAUGAUCCAUGUUUGGUUGCUGAUCAUGGUUCAGUGCUUUCUUUUUCCGCCCGACCGUUGUGGACACCGAUUUGGUUUCGACGAACAACUGACUAACCUGGUAAUCCUUUAGUUCACUAACAAAUUAGAUAGAUGCCAUCUUCACAAUUUUUAUUCCAAUGUAUCAUUGAACAGAGUUGAGUUAGUAGGGUUUUUGAUUUAAAUAGAAAUGGUUUAUAUUUAGCAUUGCUUCAACUGUAUGUAUAUAUAUAGGAAUUUCCUAGUGUAGUUUUUCUUCUUUCUGUUGUAUAUAUGCCUGCAGCAGAAAGGUCAUUUAACAGAAAAAAAAAAAAAAAAAAAAAAAAAAAAAAAAAAAAGAAGGAAAA